UGUGCCUGUAGUUGAAUCGAAAUAACCACCAAAGUUCGAGGUGUACACAUUCACGCGAUAUCAAGAGGAGCCUGCCUCGGAUUCUUUGCUCAUUUCGCUUUCACGUCUCAUAAUUGUGACAUUAUUAAACAAAUUGACAGAAAAAAAACUAGAGAAAAUUUUCAUUACGGAUCUGAACUAUAUCAUUGACAUCUCAUUGAUGAUGUAGCUAUAAACAAAACAAAAUAAUGACCAUUAUCAAAUUGACAUUGCAACAAAGAAUAAGUUUCUAUCAGCGGUAAGAUCUGAGAUCAAAACAGCAAAAAGAAGUCUAAUUGGUGUCAGAGAUUAUUGGAGCAACAGGGGGAGCUCCGAUUUGCACUCACCAUCCUGGUUUUCCCGUUUUGAAUUCCAUACCUCUUGCACCACAACCAAAUUUACCAGUUCAAAAUGGUAAAGCUGUAUGCUUUGACUAUCCUCUACAAGGGGCAAACAGCAGCAACCACGCUGAAGUCAGCCUACGAACUGGGAUCCUUUUCAUUUUUUCAACGUGGAAGUGUUCAGGAGUUCAUGGCAUUUGUCAGUAAGACAAUUACAGAAAGAACACAAAUAGCAGCUAGACAAAGCGUCAAAGAAGGAGAAUAUAUGUGUCACGUUUAUGUGAGAGCAGAUAAUCUCGCUGGAGUUUUAAUCUCGGAUCAUGAAUAUCCAGGUAGAGUUUCGCACACGUUGAUCACAAAAGUGCUAGACGAGUUUGCCUCCAAGCAUCCACCUAGCACAUGGGCAACUUUGAAUGAAGCAACGUCAAACUUUCCGCAGGUUAACACGUACCUGGCAAAGUACCAAAAUCCCCGGGAGGCAGAUGCAUUUACAAAGAUGCAAAAUGAUCUUGACGAAACAAAGAUUAUCUUGCAUAACACAAUAGAAGCUGUAUUAGAAAGAGGCGAAAAAUUAGACGAUUUGGUAUCAAAGUCUGAGGGCCUUAGCAUGCAGUCGAAAGCAUUUUACAAAACUGCGAGGAAGACGAAUUCCUGCUGUAGUUUAACAGCCUAGACAAGGUAUACCAUAACUCAAUUGUGUUCAUAUUAUGUUACAAACACGUAACAGGUUUAUAAACAGCCGACUGUUAAUUAAUAUUCGGAUUUUGAGACUUUAUUGAUACCUUUUGCCUGUUUUAUUAAUCCAUUAUUCAGAUUGUUGCAGUCCGAAAAAGCUUUAUAUUUACUAGAGCUUGUACAGUUCUAUAAUUUUCUAAAAAAUAUUGCACCUUGAACAGUGCAUGGCUUGAUUUGCGGCUACACUAUAUUUCUCUAGAACACUUUUGUUACCUGAACAACGCGAGUUUGAACAUUGCAAAGCCAAAGGAAUAAGAGUUUUUAAACAGGCCUAAAGUGACGUUAUUAAUAAUGUAUAGAGAUUAAACAUAUAAAUUCUUCUGUCCUGCGUAAUCAUUGAAUCACUCAUGUUUAACCGUGUGUGACAACGAUCUAUGUGUCUUGAAUUCAGCAGCAUACAGUCAAACCAAAAAUUACUUCAACCUUGAAGACUAAUCAAAUGAGCGCAUUAAAUAUUCGUGUAGAUUUAUAUUAGUUUCAAAUAUUGGCUCCAUUUUUUGCCCAAGCAUGAUUGGAAAAUACUAAUGAAUCACAAGAACUUUUUUUUCAAGACACAUAGAUGGAGAUCUUGCCGCAUCUACUUAACCAAAUGUCUAUUAAACGUGUUUGUCGUUCAUCCGUUACUAAUACUGCACAAUGGAACGUGAAUUUAUGUUCUAUUCUGCAGUUUUGAAAUUAGAUUGGAUAAGAAUUCAACAACGGAUAAAACAAAAACUGUGUGUAUGUAUGUACUUGAAAUUACUACAAUAUAUUAUGUGUAAAUUUAAAAUA